CGCACUUUUAGCAACUUUUUUUUGUUCCCUACAAAUAAUGUAUGAACAUGGCAUAUUUAGAACGAGUUGUAAUUUUGAUAGAUAUGGAUUGCUUUUACUGCCAAGUAGAAGAAAAAUUGGACCCUAAUCUUAAAGGGAAACCGCUGGCAGUGGUGCAAUACAAUCAAUGGCGUGGAGGAGGUAUAAUUGCGGUAAAUUACCCUGCUAGAGACAGAGGUGUAACGAGAUUCAUGAGAGGUGAAGAUGCCAAAGAGAAGUGUCCAGAAAUUGUGCUAGUUAAAGUGCCAGAAAUAAGGGGUAAAGCAGAUUUGUCAAGAUACAGAGAAGCCGGAAAGGAAGUUGCGGAUGUCCUACAAACAUUCACGCCGCUUCUUGAGCGAGCUUCUGUGGACGAAGCCUACUUAGAUGUAACAACUUUAGUUGCCAAUAGAAUGAACAAUGGAAAUGGCCAAAUUAGUAUUGAUAAAUUACAAAACACUUUUAUCAUGGGCUGUGAUACUGAGCAUUUUAUCAACGUCGUGAAGGAAAACGCGGAAUUUUCAGAAUGCAAUUUAAAAUUAUGCUUGGGCGCGAUUAUAGCAGAAGAAAUCAGAGCGGAGGUUUUUAAACAAACAGGGUACAGAUGUUCGGCGGGAAUAGCGCAUAAUAAAAUUUUAGCCAAGUUAGUAUGCGGUGUGCACAAACCCAAUAAACAAACUGUUUUACCCCAUGAUGCUGUGCAUGAGUAUUUCCAGAAUUUACCUUUAAACAAAGUCAGAAGCUUAGGUGGGAAGUUUGGGAAAUCUUUAUCCGAAGAUCUAGGCAUUACGAAAAUGGGAGAGCUGUCCAAUUUUUCAGAAAAACAAUUAAUCGAGAAAUUCGGCAAAAAGAACGGGUCUUGGUUAUAUGAUAUAGCAAGAGGAAUAAAUUACGAUCCGGUUGUUACGAGGCUAAUUUCUAAAUCUAUAGGCUGUUGUAAAAGAUUCCCCGGAAGGACGGCUUUACAAACCCACGAUGUUGUACAGCAUUGGAUGAACGAAUUAGCCGAGGAAAUUUCCGAGAGAUUAGAAAAAGACCUAGAAGAAAACCGCAGAAGGGCCAAACAAAUGACAAUAAAUUUCGCACAAGGCGUUAAUAAAGAAAGUAUAAGUAGCUCGAGGACGCAUCCUUUGCAUUCCUACAGCCCAACUCGCAUAGCUAAAGACUCGUUAGAAGUGGUGAAAAGGCAUUGUCAAAAACCCGAUGGCUCUUACAACGUAACAUUCCUUGGCAUUAGCGUUAGUAAUUUCCAAGAAGAGAAAAAACUCAAAGAUAUCACAUCGUUUUUCAAAAAAAGCAUGGCUAUUCAAGAGGAGAAGCCGGUUGAAGAACAACAACUUGUUGAAGACGACGACGAUAUUGGUAAUCAUUCGAUUUACUCAGCAUCGACAGAGGAUUUAGAAGAAGACCCGAAAUCGUACAUUUACUUCGAAGAUAUCUAUCCGGAAUUUGUAUCCAGCCAACCCAUCGAAUCGUAUCAAUUGACCAGCAAGCUUCGUUCGGUUUCCAAAGACAAGCAAGAGCUGGAAAUGCGACGGCAACCGUCGAGAUCGUUCUUUAACAAGUACUUCGAUAGCACCGGCACGGCGAGCUGUAGCUCAACAUCGACUCCUCCCGAUGAAAAAGAAAGCGAUGUGGAACAGGCAAAAUUCGAAUUGACCGAAAGUGCUACUGGUGUGAAAAGAAAAGCGACGGAUAACAAAAUUUUGCAGUACCUUCAAAAAUGCGAAGAACCGAAUGAGAAUUACUGCGAAGAGUGUAAAAGAAACGUACCGAUCGAAGAUAUUCUGCAUCACUCGGAUUAUCAUGUAGCUAAAAAAUUACAAGCGGAAUUCAACGAAUCUUCACUUAAAGAGGAACGACAAGUGAACAGGAAUAUCAUUAAAGUUAAACCGAAGAAAAGCGCUAAUAAUAGGAGCAUUUCGGAUUUUUUCAAACCGAAUAAUUGAUUUUUAUUGCCG